GAAGUGAAACUCACACAGUCACUGUGACUCAGAGGAGAAAUGGAGCAGCAGGCAAUUCAGCUGGACCGAGAAACCUUCUCCUGUCCGAUCUGCCUGGAUAUACUGAAGGAUCCAGUGGCUAUACCUUGUGGACACAGCUACUGUAUGAAGUGUAUUAAUGAUCACUGGGAUCAAGAGGAUCAGAAAGGAAUUCACAGCUGUCCACAGUGCAGAAAAGCCUUUACACUGAGGCCUGACCUGGAGAAAAACACCAUGUUAGCAGGUUUAGUGGAGCAGCUGAAGAAGACUGGACUCCAAGCUGCUACUGCUGAUCACUGCUAUGCUGGACCUGAAGAUGUGGCCUGUGAUUUCUGCACUGGAAGAAAACUGAAAGCCAUCAAGUCCUGUUUAAUCUGUCUGGUCUCUUACUGUGAGAAACACCUGCAGCCUCAUUAUGAAGUGGCUCCUUUAAAGAAACACAAGCUGGUGGAGCCGUCCAAGAACCUCCAGGAGAACAUCUGCUCUCAGCAUGAUGAGGUGAUGAAGAUGUUCUGCCGCACUGAUCAGAAGUCUAUCUGUAGUCUCUGUUUACUAGAUGAACAUAAAGGUCAUGACACAGUGUCAGCUGCAGCAGAAAGGACUGAGAGGCAGAGAGAGCUGGAGGAGAGACGAGGAAACAUCCAGCAGAUGAUCCAGGACCAAGAGAAAGAUGUGAAGCUGCUUCAGCAGGAGGUGGAGGCCAUCAAUCGCUCUGCUGAUAAAACAGUGGAGGACAGUGAGGAGAUCUUCACCAAGCUGAUCCGUCUCCUCCAGAAAAGAAGCUCUGAGGCGAAGCAGCAGAUCAGAUCCCAGCAGGAAACUGAAGUGAGUCGAGUCAAAGAUGUUCAGGAGAAGCUGGAGAAGGAGAUCACUGAGCUGAAGAGGAAAGACGCUGAGCUGGAGCAGCUCUCACACACAGAGGAUCACAACCAGUUUCUCCUCAACUCCCCCCGACUGCCAACACUCAGUGAGUCGACACACUCAUCCAGCAUCAACAUCCGUCCUCUGAGACACUUUGAGGACGUGACAGCAGCUGUGUCAGAGCUCAGAGGCAAACUACUGGACGUCCUGAGAGACUCAUGGACAGACAUCUCACUGAAGGUCACUGAGGUGGAUGUUCUACUGUCAGAACCAGAACCAACGACAAGGUCUGAAUUCUUAAAAUAUUCAUGUGAAAUCACUCUGGAUCCAAACACGGCUCACAGUUAUCUGUUAAUAUCAGAGGGAGACAGAAAAGUGACAGUGAUGGAUGAACCUCAGUCUUAUUCCAGUCAUCCAGACAGAUUCACUGAUUACUGUCAGGUUCUGAGUAACGAGAGCCUGACUGGACGUUGUUACUGGGAGGUGGCGUGGCGAGGGAGUGAAAUUUACGUAGCAGUCGCAUACAACAAUAUCAAAGCAGGAAGUGGGAAUGAACGUAAAUUUGGAGGUAAUGACAAAUCCUGGGCUUUGGAGUGUUCCCAAAACAGUUUUAAAUUUGGUCACAACAACAUCUGGACCUCCAUCUCAGGUCCAGUUUCCUCCAGAGUCGGAGUGUACCUGGAUCAUGAAGCAGGUAUUCUGUCCUUCUACAGCGUCUCUGAAUCCAUGACUCUGAUCCACAGAGUCCAGACCAGAUUCACUCAGCCGCUUCACGCUGGAGUUUGGAUUUUUGACUAUGGAAAUUCUGCCGAGUUCUGCAAGCUGGAGAAAAAGACUGUUCAGAAAUAAAAUGUUGGAUUUCUCUUUGCUUUUAUUUUGAAAACCAGUUGUAUCAGUUUGCUGCUGCUUUCCUCUCAACAUGUUUCUCCACAUAGAAAUGUAAACUAAUUUCUUACUUUUUUAAAUUUGCCGACGUUGAGUUGUUUGACUGUAUCUCUAUUUUGUGGGUCCAGAAAG